AUGUCGCUGCCUAACGGAAACGCUGCAUACGAUGAAGAGGAAGAGCUCGACCUCCAGGCGGAGCUGGAUGAGGGGUUUGAGGAUAUUGAGCGAAAAUACGCCGUCGAUGCGCAGCAAGGCGUCGAGAACGUUGUGGUAGUAGACAACAUUCCCAUCAUCGAUGAAGGGAAGAAGCAGCGUUUGGUGGACAGGCUGAGGGCACUGUUCGACAAGGCGGGUGCUGGGGUCGAGGAGGACAGGAUCUCGAUGCCAUGGGAUGAUGCAGCAGGGACGAACAAGGGCUUCAUCUUUGUCACCUACCCCGACGCGCAGCAGGCCGAGAACGCGCUCCGCGUACUCGACAACACUCCUUUCGGUGGAAAGCACACUCUCUACGUCAACCGCUUUGGCGACAUUGAGCGAUAUGCUACCAUGCCUAUCGGCGAUGCGGAGCUGCCGACUGGCUGGAAGGAGAAGCCUUACGUCGAGAAGGACCACCUCCGAAGCUGGCUUGGCGAUGCCCAGGGACGCGACCAGUUCCUCACUUUCCGUGACGCCGAUGUCAACAUUCACUGGAAUGGGCGGAACGGCAACACGGAGCCUGUCACCAUUGAGGGCAAGCCUCUCAAGAACAGCAAGUGGGGAGAGCUGUACCUCCAGUGGUCCCCACUCGGAACCUACCUCGCUUCGCUCCACCGCGUCGGUGUCGCCCUCUGGUCCGGCCCCAAGCUGGACGGGCCUAUCGGUGUCAAUGUCCUUCGGUUCACCCACCCCGGAGUCCGGCUCGUCCAGUUCUCUCCAUGCGAGAACUACCUGGUCACCUGGUCAGAGGACCCGCUCGAGAAUUACGAGGGCCACCCCAAUCCCGCUCUUCGCGAGACCUUCACCGCCGAUGACGAGGGUAACCAGAUCGUCGUCUGGGACGUCAAGGCCACCCGUGUCCUCCGUACCUUCCCCUACGAGCGCCCGUCGGCCGAGGAUGGACGCGCAGCCGGCUCCUUCAUCCCCUUCAAAUUCUCCCCCGACGACCUCUACAUUGCCAAGUGCAACGUCGGCGCCGGUAUCGCCGUCUACGAGCUCCCCGGGAUGGGCCUUUUGGACAAGAAGACCAUCAAGAUUGAGGGCGUGCAGGACUUUGAGUGGUGUCCCAUCAGUGACAAGGACAUUGAGGCGAAGAAGCAGGGCAAGGGCAAGUCGAGCAUGCUGGCGUACUGGCAGCCCGAGGCGGUCAACCAGCCGGCUAGGGUCAACUUGAUGGCGGUACCAAGUAGAGAGAUCUUGAGGUCAAAGAACUUGUUCAACGUUACCGACUGCAAAUUCUACUACCAAAACCAGGGCGACUACCUCUGUGUCAAGGUCGACCGUCACGCGCGGAAGGCCAAGACCAAGAAGGCCACUUCGUGCAACCUCGAAAUUUACCGGUUGCGCGAAGCCAACAUCCCCGUCGAAGUCAUCGAGCUCAAAGACUUUGUCCCCUCCUUCGCCUGGGAGCCAUACGGACAGCGGUUCGCUAUCGUCUCCACCAAUGACCCCAACCUCGGCGUCCAGGCCCCCGGUGUCGUCGUCAAGUACAGCUUGUCGUUCUACGCCCGGGACCCCAAAAAGGGCGAUUUCGCCUGCAUUCGGCAGUUUGACGGCAAGAUUGCCAACAUGCUCACUUGGUCGCCCAAGGGUCGGCACAUCGCCUUGGCGUGCAUGGGCAGUGCUACCAAGUACGACGUCGAGUUCUACGACCUGGACUUCACCACCGACGACAACCCAAACCGGAAGGAGGCGGAGCCAGGAGCGAACGUGACGCUCUUGGCGACAGAGGAGCACUUCGGUAUCACCAACUUGGCUUGGGACCCAAGUGGUCGGUAUGUCGCCACGUCUGCUUCGGCAUGGCAACAAUCGCCUGAACCUGGAUACUCUAUCUGGGACUUCAAGGGCCAGCAGCUCGUCCAGCAAUCGCAGGAGAAGUUCAAGCAGUUCCUUUGGCGACCCCGUCCCCCCGCGCUCCUUCCCAAGGAGACGCAGAAGAAGGUCCGCAAGGAGCUCAAGGACUACUCGCGGCAAUUCGACGAGGAGGACGCGGCCGAGGAGAACCGAGGUUCCGCCGAGAAGCUCGCUCAGCGCCAGCGGGAGAUCUCCGAGUGGAACGCCUGGCGCGCACGGAAUGUGGCCAAGGUCGAGGAGGAGCGCAAGGUCCGGGGCAAGGAGAUCAAGAAGAAGGCGGCUGCAGAGGAGAAGGAGGAGAAGGUGGAGGAGUGGGUCGAGGAGUUGAUCGACGAGACGGAGGAGACUAUCAUGGGUUAG